AUGGCGGGCAUUGAGCAGUUGGAGAUCCAUAGCAAGUCCUAUAUUGUGCGUUGGGCAAAAGUCGAUGAAGGCCAUACAAUAUCCUGGAGUGUCCAACCACAUAAGAAGUCCAUUAACUUUGGAAUCGUGAAGCACCCCGGAGCUGCCGCCGCAGGCCUCAUCACGAAUCAGAACGACGAUGCCGCCACCCCUGGCUCCUUUACCUCUGGCGUUGCCGAGCCCAAGAAACCCUUUGCUAAGAGAGAUUCGAGCACCGCCGAAGAACAGCUCGCCAACAAGGGAUUCAUACCCAUAAAAUGGCGUGGGAAAUGCGAUGCGGAUAAGGUGUCGACCGGUACAUGGGAUGUGCCAAAAGGCCAAGGCGGAAUGUUCGGUUUGGUGUUCGACAACACCUUCUCGAAGCAGAUCUCCAAGACGGCCACCUUCGUCCUUCUCACCUACCCGACCGGCGCACCGCCGCAGACCACAGCCCAGAACUUCCCGAAUUUACAGGCCGGAGCGAAUGCCAGCGCUAGCAAGACGAGCCUGCCGCAGAUGACCGCUGUUACGUCUGCUUCUCAAGACAGCCUUCAUAGUCACGUUGCCGCAGGACGUCCGACUUCAGCUUCCGGUCGCAGCGAUGGAAACUCCAACUAUCACACGGGCGUUCUUCACAAGAGACGGAGGAAGAAGGGCCAGGGUUAUGCGCGCAGAUUCUUCUCGCUGGAUUAUUCUUCCUGCACUCUCUCGUAUUACUAUAACCGCAACUCCUCUGCACUCCGUGGUGCUAUCCCUCUAAGUCUGGCUGCAAUCGCAGCCGACGAGCGCCGCAGAGAAAUUAACAUUGACUCGGGCGCCGAGAUCUGGCAUCUGCGCGCGUCCAAUGCCAAGGAGUUCAACGAUUGGGCUAAGGCCUUGGAAAAGGCGAGUCGCGCAGCGCGGGGCGUUGAGGAGCAGCAGCCCAACACACUGAACGCUCGAGCAGCGUCCUUGAGGGUAAACACAACGUAUUUGAAGCCCACGCAGUCGAGUCUGGAGGAGGAUCGCGAAUGGCAGCAGGUUGAGACUCUUGUCAGUCGCAUGGUCGGUACCAGGGACGCUUUGCGUCGUCUAGUAAAGGACAUGUCGAAUCAAAGGCCUGUCAGCAUGGCUGCUUCGACGUUCUUGUCGCCAGGCAGUACCUUGGACGAGGAACCGGAUGGCUACUUUGUACCUCCUGCAGCGACUGAACAGCCGCAACGGCGCCCGUUCUGGAAGCGCAAGUCAAGUAACGCUACCCCGACGGCAUCCACGCCCCAAGCGCAUCACGCCGCUGCCGCCGCUGCCCUUGCCGUUCCGUCUCCAGGGACUGUCACGACGGUAAUCGGCGCGAAUGGACCCCACCAUUCAAAGUCAAAGUCGAAAGCCUCUGUCCACGAGGAGAAGAGCACACAAGAGCACUGUGCGGCACUUCUCAACGAUAUCGACUCCGUUGUGACUGAGUUUACAACCUUGAUUGUGAACAGCAAGCGCCGACGGUCCCCCGCUCCUCUCUCUGCUGCACCCUCUAGGAGAAGUAUGGAGACAGUGUCGACAGAGGAGUUCUUCGACGCAGAGGCCGGUGAGACGAGCUCACAGAUCGUCAGGAUCGCCCAGAGCGAAGACGAAAGCCCAGACUCAGAUGCGGAUGAACGUCUGAGUGAUGCUUCGUCAAUCUCGUCGGCACAGGAGGAUGACGCUAUAGGCUCAGACGACACCAACUGCUACCCAGCGAAACCCAAAAGCUUGUCGCCAUUGCCAGUGGACAUCUCCGUUGACAGACGAAGCAAGAUUCCGCCAGCCAUGGUGCAGCCUCCCAGUCUGAUUGCUUUUGUGCGGAAGAAUGUCGGCAAGGAUCUUAGCACGAUCAGUAUGCCCGUAUCCGCAAACGAACCUAUAUCACUUUUGCAGCGUGUUGCAGAACAGUUGGAAUACGCCCAGCUGCUUGACCAAGCCGCUCUGCAGAAAGAGGCCAAGGAUCGUCUCCUCUACAUCACCGCGUUUGCAGUGUCACAGUUCAGCACUGGCCGCGCAAAGGAACGCGCUAUUCGGAAACCGUUCAACCCUCUUCUAGGCGAGACGUAUGAAAUGCUACGAACUGAGCAGGAAGUGCCCGGAGGUUUCCGUUUGCUCGUUGAAAAGGUCUGCCAUCGCCCCGUCAGACUGGCCAUGCAAGCCGACUCUGCCAGCUGGUCCUUCAGCCAGUCCCCUGCGCCGUCGCAGAAGUUUUGGGGCAAGAGUGCCGAAAUCACCACGGAAGGUCGCGUUCGUGUCGCGCUUCGACUCCCCGACGGGACGGAUGAGUUGUAUUCCUGGACGCACGCCACAAUGUUCUUGCGAAACGUGGUGAUGGGAGAGAAGUACGUAGAGCCGGUUGGUGUCAUGCAGAUCUGCAACGAUUCUUCCGGGGCCAAGGCCUCGGUCGAAUUCAGGAGCAAGGGAAUGUUUGGCGGACGCGGCGAAGAUGUUCAGGUUGAGACGUACGGACCGGACGGAGUACACACUGGCAGCAGCCUCGCCGGCACAUGGACAAGUGGUCUCCGUGUCGUCGAAGCCGGCAAGGCGGCCGGGCGGGAAAUCUGGAGCGUCGGCAAGCUUGUCGACAACGCGGCCAACACGUACGGAAUGACCACCUUUGCCGCCGCCCUGAACGAGUUGACGGAGAUCGAGAAGGGCAGGUUGCCUCCCACAGACAGCCGACUCCGACCGGACCAGCGUCUGGCCGAGAAAGGCGACCUCGACCAGGCCGAGGAGUGGAAGGUCAAGCUGGAGGAGGCGCAGCGCGCCCGCCGUCGCGUGCUGGAGGAGAAAGGCGAGGAGCACAAGCCCAAGUGGUUCGUCAAGGUCGGCCAGGGCCCGGAGGGCGAGGAGGUGUGGAAGCUGAGGACGGGCAAGGACUCGUACUGGGAGGAGAGGUCCAAGGGGACGUGGAGCGGGCUAGAGGAGAUUUUUGCUGGCUAG